CUCACCUCUGGUUUCACGCUUCAACACACUAGUGGGCUAAAUCAGUGAACUAUUUGUCGUAGUGAGAAUAAUUUUAUUAUGUUUUAUUUUUAUUAUUUUAUUACUUCCCUUCUCCGUGACUUUACCGAAAGAACCAAGAAGAUAUUUGUCUUUUGUCAACAAGACACUUUUUUUCUGAUUGGCCGUGUCGGGUGGUGGAGGGUUACGACACAUUUAUAAAUAACGCGAUCUAAACCCAAAAACGUUGAUUAUGCCCCCUCGAUGUCAGCUCACACUUUGCUGUGCCGCCUUCUCCAGGCGAGCCGACUGUGCGCCACCAACUCAACACCUCACUGGGCAGGCAGUCUCGCAACAACUUGCUGCCAUCUGUCCUCCGACCCGCCCACAGUUGCUUGGUCGUGAGCGGGAAUCGAACUCGGUAGAGCGCUAACCACGUGGUGCCACCAAAGACAAAGAUCCCCCGUGUAGCCUGUGACAGGCUGUUGGGGCAAGUGCUGUUAGCGAGCACCUAUGUAGACCACACACGGCACACGACGGUGGGUGGGUGGCCAGCACCACGCCCGACCGCCUUUGUCUCCCCAGUGGCGAUGUUUACACACCGCGCGAGGUACUCAUUUGAGGCUGAGUCGACCGAGGAGAUGCCCAGGACCCGGUUCUGCUAAUCGUCACCGCCACCACCCACACAGGGGGGGGGGGGGGGUCGUGGCACGCAUCUGCCACAGGUCCCCUGGGUUAAUGUUUAAUCCGGCUGCCGUGUGCGGUCCAAUCCAAAUUUGAGUCUCGGUAUCAAAGUCUCAGCAUAACUGGGCAACAAUCGUCGUGAUUUUUGGUUGUUGUUGUCGUUGAUGCGAAACGUGGGGGCAAACUCGAGAUCGCCACCGGCUUCCUAUAGGCAGAGGCUCAGGGCGAGUGUUUUUUGGGAUGGAGAGUGGAGGAGCCUGUAGUUGGCAUGCCGGGCCGGUUGGCUGUGGCCGCUCUCUCUGUGACUUCUCGUGAAGAGUGAUCGUACGGAUUAGAAACGGUCUAUCGGACGAGAUGUGUGUGUGCCUUUCACCAAGUUGUUCUUACGACAACUGAAAUAAUCUUACGAAUAACAUUGCCGUAUUCUCUGGAUUAUCAGCGGUGGAAACUCCUCCUCCAACACUGCCACCAUCGUGAGAAGCAGCGACUCCACUAACACCAGCGCAAUAAAGAAGACGAAGCUCCACCACCACCGCCGCCACCGCCGUCGUAGUCAUCAUGGUGUCUACAGGACUCCAGAUCGUGGCCCUGUGCCUGGCCAUCGUGGGUCUGCUGGGCACGCUGGCUGCCACCAUCCUCCCACACUGGCAGGUGACGGCUCACGUGGGCACCAGCAUCAUCACGGCCACGGGGCAGAUGCGGGGCCUGUGGAUGGAGUGCACCUGGAUGAGCACGGGAUUCUUCCAGUGCCGCCCCUUCUACUCCAUCCUCGCAAUGAGCCCGUCUCUCAAGGCCGCGCAGGCCAUGAUGGUCAUCUCGUGCUUGCUCACGGCGGCGGGCAUCGGCGCGUCCACGGCGGGCAUGAAGUGCACCCUGGUGCUGGGCCCUCCCUCCCGCCGCAGCAAGUCGCUCGUGGCCGUGUCGGGCGGCCUCUGCCUCGUCGCCUCCUCUCUCUGCACGUUCGUGCCUGUCGCGUGGAACACCCACACAACCGUGCGCCAGUUCUACGACCCGUGGUACCCGAGUCCCGUCAAGUACGAACUCGGCGCCGCCAUCUACCUGGGCUACGCCGCCGCCACCCUCACCAUGGCCGCCGGCGUAAUGAUGGCCCUGUCGUGCCCCGAGAAGCAGCGACGCGCCGGGCCACCGCGCCACCUUCGCCCGCGCGGCCGGGACGGGCCGCCGCGCGGAGUGGAGCCCGCGGGGACCGGGACUCCCGAGGUCCACACGGGCACGAGUUGGGUGGCACCUCCUCCGCUUGAGUUCGUUGACAAACGGGCCGAGGCCAUGGGGCCUAUCGUGGAAAAGACGGUCAGGGCUCCGCGAUGGGAAGACCAGAGCUCGCCCAAAGUUCACGGCGGGGUGAGUUGGGAAGACUGUCCGCCACUGGAGUUUGUUGAUAAAUGGGCCGAGGCCAUGUGGCCAAUCGUGGAAAGGGAUAUCAGGGCUCCGCGAAUGGAAGGUCAGAGCUCACCCAACGUUCACGGCGGGGUGAGAUGGCAAGACUCUCCUCCACUGGAGUUUGUUGACAAAAGAAGAGCUGAGGUCACGGGGGGAGGUGUUGCACAGGUGGGGAGAUGGUCACCCCCUGGAACGGGAGAGCAUGGAGCCGGUCCCUUGGUGAUCCAGAAUCACUACGCUCUCACCAACCUGUGAGUGGACACAGGAGAUGAGGGGACACUAUGUCUCCUUCACAACGCUGUCUCUCCACGUAAAAAUAACACAUCCCAUCAGCCUCACGCCCUUUCAAUGCAGCAUUGAUUCUGGACAAGCAACACUCUGCACCGGUUUCGAUAUCCAGUGGCUCACCAGCAGUGUCAGGCUCGCUUGAAUCAAUUGGGGACGUGUGGAUCAGAGGCACGGACACUGGCAACAGGAAAGAUGGAACAGAAAGAUGCAAAGUGCGCAAAGAGGGCACGGCGAGAUGCGUGCUCGGAAGAAACGUGGGAGAGAAAUGCGCGGACGCCAGGGAAUUGACGUUGUAAUUUGAUGUUGUUUAACCCGGGGAGAACUUCAGAAACCAGGAUGGGCCUUGGUUAGCAUAUUAACCCUUGAUACCAGUGGUCCUUAACCUGGUGGGUGCACACAUCCACUGGCGGUGCGAGAUGACCUUCCUGGGGGUGCGAGACAUGGCCAGAUUUUUUUAGGAGAUAAAUCAUGGAAACGGAAAGUUAGCACGGGGCACGUAAGAACAACAAAUACUUUGUUUCGUCAACCCCUGUGUAUUUAUUAACAUGAAACUGCAAUGAACAUAAUUAUAAAAACAAAACGAGGACGAGUCUUAUACAUGUCCACAUAAGCCACUUCAUUUGGCUAUCAUUCGUGGCCAGACCGCUUCUAAAAAAGAAUAACUCUACCUUUGAAGCUUUCGUGACUGCAAGGAAUUAAUAUUCUUAGGUUUUUUCGGUAAAGUCACGUAGGUAAAAAAUGUAAACUAAUAAAAAUAAAAAAUAAAUAAAAAUAAUAAUAAAAAUCACGACGUUUCGGAGGCAACACAAGCUUCCGUGCUGUGACGGUCCCACCUGAAGACGGAAGCUUGUGUUGCCUCCGAAAUGUCGUCAUUUUUAUUUUAUUUUUUCAUUUUUAUUUUACUUUUAUUAAUUGUAAUUUUUUACCUACGUGACUUUACCAAAAAAAACCUAAGAAUAUAAAUAACUCUACCGUAUAACUCAAAGUGGGCCUCACCUGGUAAAAUAACAAAAAAUUGUUUCAUAGUCUAGUUUCGAGUCUCAUUUGCAAGCGUGACCUGCGGUGCACGAUUCUGGCAGCAGCAGGGGAGACGAUCGCUGCCGUGCGCGGAAUCCUAUUACAGCGCAAAUUCCCUGGUAAUUUUCCAAAACUUGCCAAAAAUGUUGGGCCCCCGACGCCGCUGGCACACGAUGGCCUGGCCUUGCCAACGACGUCGCGGCCACCUCGAACGGGCCCGACGCGAGCAGCGGAGCGGACGGCGCGUGUCCGGCUGCGGUCGUUACGGCCCCGGCGGCUAUAACCGCUGGGUUCGAACGGCGAGCCUCAGCGACAGCGAGGUGCAGCUCGCUACGGAUAGGUCUUGCUCGCAGCAGCAGCUUUUUGGCUGGCCAUCGAAACAAAGAUGGGCCACUGCAUCGCGCGCUUUCGGAUGCGCUUUUGCGGCCGUCUGGAACGCCCUUCCUUCCGAUGUUAGGAAGGCACUGGGAGUUACACCACUUUUAAAUCAUCUAGUUUGGAAACUCAGUUCAUUUGUGAUUAGUUUGUUGUGCUUCCUCCGAUUCUACAAAAGACGAAUGAACAUCAGAUACCAUGAUGCCUGGCUUGUAUUGACUAUAUACAAAAAAAAGAUUCAGUAGAAAUAUUGAUGCAGUCAUUCUAAGCUCUCAAGAAGGCCUUAUCUUCAAUCAUAUAUAGAAAUGAGUAAACUCGUGAGGAUGGAACAGCUACACCGAUAUCGUAUAAAGAAAACGCAAAUCACAAGAGACAGCACGGUUGGCUACGCACGGUGGGAAAGAAGUCCAACAUACAUACACACGGGUCAUCUUGCCAUCCUUCAUGCAGGAAAAAUUGUCUUGAGACUCAACGAGGCGUUUCCUGGAUAAAUGCGUGACGUUAUAAUUACCGUCGCAAUAUGUAAGAAUUCCACGGUAACAGCUGUAAUCAUAGAUUUUCCCCUGUCCUUAAUAUUCCGCGUGCAAAACGCUAACAUUAACAUCAGUUUCUGAGAGCCUACGGAAAUCAACGGUGGCCACGUGCGCUAUAACGGUGGCUGACCUGUCACACAACGUACACAUUGACAUUUACUUCUGCAAUUAGUGAAUCAUCUGCCACAUACACAUCCUGUAAAACCAAUUUAUUAAACCUUGGAGCAACGUGCAUUUACAACAGCAUAAAUGAAGCCACCUGUGCCAAACUGUCAAAAUGUAACAUCAUAUACAAAUAAAAUAUGGGAAUUAGAGGUUUUUUUUCAGUAGUGCUAUACAUAGCUGCACCUUAAAAUAUAUAUUUUUUAUAU